GUGACCGUGAAACAGUAGAAGCUGUUGUCUGUUCCUGCGUCGCUCCUCAGCUCUGAUUCUUCACUCUGGACUCACUCUGCGCAGAUUGUCCACAAUGCUGCCUUUAGUCAUUAUCACAGGUCUGCUGGCUCUUGCCUCUGGCAAACCGUGUGAUACUGAAGGAACCAACAGUGAGCUGCUCCUGUCACUCAAUAAGAAUCUCCUCCGCUCUCUGGAGACGCAGGAAGGACUCCCCAAUCCCAGUGUGCACUUGGCACUACGGCUUUCCACUCACCACAACCUGGUCAAGGAGAGCGAACACCUGAACAGACUGAAAAAUAAUUUGCACAAUGACAUUCAAAGCUCUCUCUCUAACAGCCACCCUGUGGUCGGCCUCUUGGCGCUUUACACUCUGGCUCUGAAGUCCUCCUGCUACGACCUCAACACAGUCACCUUCACCGUCAGCGAGAAGAGCGAGACGCUGCUGACGCACCUGAAGAAUCAGAUGGAACGAGAAAAAGAACAUAUCGCCUUCAGCCACCGCCCUUUGACCAACUAUUACCAGUACUCUCUGGGCGUGCUCGCUCUUUGCGCGAGCGGCAUCAGGGUCAACAACCAUGUCAGCAACAAGCUCAUCAAGGCGGUAGAACAUGAGCAUCUUACGCAUGGAGACUCAGAGAGUGUCGAUACCUAUGCCAUGGCUGGAAUGGCACUGCAGUGUGUGAAGGACGCUGGUUCUCAAGUGCACAACGCUGCUGAGCUUGACACGGCCCUGAGCAAGAUCAAGCAGAAGCUCACUGCCUCUCAAAGGACUGAUGGUCACAUUGGCAAUGAGUUCAGCACAGGCCUCGCAGUUCAAGCCUUAAUAGCAAUGGGCAGCUCAGUUGCAGAGUGUGCUGCCUCGAUGGAGGCCAUGAGGACGGACGCCAGAAGCAACACCUACCACAACCCCAUGGCCAUAUCUCAGGUCCUGCCAGCCCUCCACCAGAAAUCCUACCUGACAGUUAAAAGCAAGGAGUGCCUCAAUGAGGACGACACUCUGGUGCUGGAGCCUGAAGAUCCUGUGGUGGUUUUACCGAGCGAGACCAAAGUCACGGUGGCGGUGGAAGUGGUGAUGUCCAGCGGGGCAGCUGCUCUUUUCUCUGUGGAAGUGCCAAAGGGCAGCUCACUGUUAGAGGCCCUGGAACUUCUCAAGGGGAAAAACGUUGGCUUCACGUUUGACAAGGAGUCCAGCCUGUGGGGACCUUUCCUAAGUAUGGUGAAUGGCGAGCAGGCCAGACAGAGUGACCGCAGAUACUGGCAUCUCUCCUCUGAUGGCACUGCACUCACUCAGGGUGUCAGUGAUUACAAGAUUGAGGCGGCUCAAAAGAUCUCCAUCAAAAACACGAGCUACUGAGAGGCAGUUCCUGCUGAUGCACCACUGAUUGAUGAGCAUUAAAAGCAGUUCAGUCUUGACUUUUUUCCAUCCUUUGUUGUUUUGACUGGUGAUUAUACUUAAAUUGUCUCUGAAUUAAUGUUUGUGGUGGUUUCACAGAACUUUUGCAUUUCGAGUAGGUUUGAAGCUUGAAUAAAAGUGUAAUUUAGAACUAAUUGAAGAGAGUUUCAUACUUGUAUCAAAUAUGUAAAUUGUGAAGCUUUUAUAUGAUAGAUUGUUAAAUGAGUGAAAUGUGUCUUGAAAUGACUCACAAAGCGUGAUUGUGCUUUUUUUAAACAAAUAAAAAAAAGUUCUGAUGGCUUUUUAA